AGCCCGCCACAUAAAAUCUAAUUGUCGCCGUCUUCGAUUCCAAAUUCGAAACUUCUUUGAAGUCUCAAAUCUUUGUCUUUUUCACUUCUCUAACUCUUAAUCGCUCUCAUCCCUUCUUUGUUCUUGCGGUGCCCAUCUCUGUGCACCCACAAACAAUACCCACUUAGGCUUCGCUAAUCUUCACAGUUUCUGAAAAUGGAGGCAAAAAAGCAGCCGCUGAUUAUUACAGACAAAGACCGGAUGAGGAAUUGGUCUAGGUCAGUGAGAUCCCAGGGCAAGACCAUAGCCCUUGUACCCACUAUGGGUUACCUCCACCAAGGUCACAUAUCACUUGUCAAAGAAGCUCACAAACACGCCAAUUUAAUAGUAGUGUCAAUCUAUGUGAAUCCAGGUCAGUUCUCUCCCUCUGAGGAUCUCUCCACAUACCCAUCUGACUUCCAUGGUGAUAUCCUCAAGCUUAUGUCCAUUCCUGGCGGUGUAGAUGUUGUUUUCCAUCCCCAUAAUCUCUAUGACUAUAGAACUGAUAAUAAAAACAAGAAUGACAUUGUUAAUUAUACUGAUAGUAGGGAUGAUUGCAAGAAUUUAAAGGUUGAAGGGGUGGUGUCGUGUGUGGAAGGGAAGGGGACGGGACAUGAGACAUGGGUGAGAGUGGAGAGACUCGAGAAGGGUCUGUGUGGGAAGAGUAGGCCGGUGUUCUUUAGAGGGGUUGCUACUAUUGUCACCAAGUUGUUUAAUAUAGUGGAGCCUGACUUUGCUGUGUUUGGGAAGAAGGAU